AUGGGAAAGCCUGAGCUCUAUUCUCUCUUUAAGGGUUUUCUGGAUUGUAUUUGCCUCUGCCUGUCUCGGAGCAGCAGCGAGCCUCCAGGCAAGAACGGCAGGGACACCGAGAACGGUCACCUGAUUUACAAAAGAGGAGAUGUCCUCCAAGAUAGAUACGAGAUCAUCAACACUUUAGGUGAGGGGACGUUUGGGAAGGUGGUACAAUGUGUGGAUCAUGGCAGAGGUGGGGCACCUACAGCUCUCAAGAUCAUUAAGAACCUGGAAAAAUACAGAGAGGCAGCCAAACUGGAAAUCAAUGUCCUGGAGAAGAUCAGAGAGAAAGACCCACACAGCAAACAUCUGUGUGUACAGAUGCUGGACUGGUUCAACUACUAUGGCCAUGUGUGCAUCUCUUUUGAGCUGCUAGCGCUCAGCACCUUUGACUUCUUGAAAGUGAACAACUUCCUCCCUUACCCCAUUAACCAGAUCCGACACAUGGCCUACCAGAUCUGCCAUGCUGUCAACUUUCUCCAUGACAACAAGCUGACUCACACAGACCUGAAGCCAGAGAAUAUCCUCUUCGUCAACUCUGACUACACCCUCGUAUACAACGCUGAGAAGAAACAUGACGAAAAAAGAUUGAAAGAUACCAGAGUGCGACUCAUUGACUUUGGCAGCGCCACCUUUGACCACGAACACCACUCGGUCGUCAUCUCCACGCGUCACUACCGUGCGCCUGAAGUCAUUCUGGAGUUGGGUUGGAGUCAUCCCUGUGACGUGUGGAGUAUCGGCUGCAUCCUGUUCGAAUACUACGAAGGCUUCACACUGUUUCAGACUCAUGACAAUAAGGAACAUCUUGCCAUGAUGGAGAGAAUACAGGGACCAAUCCCCCAGAGGAUGAUUCACAGGAGCAGAAAACAGAAGUACUUCUGCCACGGCCGUCUAGACUGGACUGAGAGCUCCAAGGCUGGACGCUACGUGAACGCAAAGUGCAAACCAUUAAGGAGGUACUUGUUGUCAAAGGGAGCAGAGCACCUUCAGUUCUUUGAUCUGCUGGAGAGGAUGUUGGAGUACGAGCCCUCAAAACGCAUCACUCUCUCCUCUGCGCUGCGUCACCCCUUCUUCCGACCCCUUUUUCAGCCGGGAGGGAGCCAAGAGUGGAGGAACAGCUGUGACAGCAGCAGAUGACCCUGAGUAACCACUUGACCCUUGAAGCCUGACUCUUAAAUGCCAAUAGACAAAGUCUAUUACAAAAUGCUCUCUAUAUAUAUGUUUUGCAGGGGGAAAAGUCCUCUAAAAUUUAGAGGAACCAUGCUAUAAAUACAAGAGUUAAGGAUGUUUAUGAUCCUUUAAAAAGUAGCAUACGUUUUAUGCUGUGAAUCACUUUGUAAGAAUUGCUGUCCUUUUUCUUAAUGGUGACUAGUUUUCUUAAUAGUGUCUAGUUUUGAAACAGAACUCCUCAAACUGGUGUUUUUUUCUCCCAGCCAUUUUCAGGUAUGACCGCCAGAGACAGUUUUAUCCAUCUACCUCCUCUCUGUCUCUCGGUGUAUGUCUCCAGCCCUUUUUGGUUGCACUCUGUGCGUAGUGCAGGUGUCCCUACAGUGUGUAUGUUUAAAGCGGCAGUGCAUGAGGUCACCUGCUCUGCAGUAUAACACAGACAAUGGCAGUGAAAUAAGCUCUGGCCAGUAUCUGACCCAUGGUAAAAUAGAAUGACAAUCUCAUAAGCACAAAUUCUAAGAAAGAGGGAGG